GUGUACAACAUGGACCUCACUGAACUCGUCAACGUUUGCGUGACAGAUUUAGAGUUGACCGGUGACCCUGGAAUGGCCAUGUCCUCCCUGGAUGCCAUGUUGUCCGACUGUCAGUUCGCCGCCCUGUCCAACGCCUCCAACUACGGAAACGGAACAUACAAGCCACCACCGGAACUUAAACCAUGUCCAGGCGAUUGUUCCGGAAAUGGCGACUGUGUGCAUGGCGUAUGCGCAUGCGCACCGGGAUUCGAGGAGGAAGACUGUUCUAUCGACCACCGACAGCCGCCAAGCUUUACAGGUGUUGCUGGGGGUGGCGCAUGCGCAAUAAACGAAGAAGAGUGUUAUCUGCCGGUGCUGGUGGGUGGUAACAUCAAGCCCGGGGACACUUCCUGCUACGCUCGGGCAAUGCAGAAAGGACUAAAUGGGAAGUGGACGAUGGAUACCACGGCCACAGAGAACAAGGCGGAGUUCCUGUCCACCAAUCAUGCCGUGUGUAACCUGCCGAGGCUAGAGUUGAGUCGUGGCCAAGCUAUGGCGGGCUUCAUGGUGUCUCUGAGCAACAACCAUGGCACCAGCAGCAGCCCCGAGCGACCUUACUACCUCUAUAACUCACGGUGUAUGAUAUGUCAUGACGGGAACUGUACAAUCAAGCCUGACACGUGCGUCAUUGAAAACACGUGUUACGAUGCCGGUGACCUGGAUUUAUUGGAUAACAAUGGUGCAUGUCAACCACUUGUCAACAACACCGCGUGGUCAUCGGACUCCGGCGCGAGUCCCAAUGCACCUCCAUCCGCCACCCUGAACAAGUACACAUCAGCGGAUGUGGGUUGUUUCUGCCUCUUCGACCCCUCGAGCGCGGAGUGCGCGUGCUGCCAGAACGCCGGAUGUCAGUGCUCGCGUGCGCACAAACACGCCUGCUACGACUGUCUACAUCCGGAGAUGUGCGGACAAUGAGAAUUUCAUUGUACUUUCUCUAUGAAUAAACUCUAUGUCUAACAUUCGUAUACAACAUAUUUACUUCU